GAUGCAACCGGCGAGAUUCUAUCUCCUAGUUCUCCAUACCUGGGUACUGACUUGGGUAGUACUUAAUAUACUAGUUGGUAUGAGUUAUUCUCUACCCAUCUCUGUAUGCAACCCCACGUUUUGGAUGACGAUGAACAGAGAACGGAUAAGGGAAACAUGCAUGACCAGGUGUGUGCAUGCGUGGCUUCACAGCGAAACGAGAAAGAUCCGGAAAGGCGUCCGAACACUUAGAGAGAACAUUCAGAGAAUCGAUAUUUUCACGUUGUCGACAUUCUACGAAAUAUGCAAAAUUGCAACAACUUAUUCUCCUACCCCUACCUAUGCAGUCAGGCCUUACACUACAAUGAGGACCAUCGGGCUCCGAGGAUUUGCCAAUGCUUUGAGAGAUGGGAUUCACAUUUCCUCCAUCCUCCAUCGUCUUAGCUGGACCUAGUCUUAGCCCGUCUGCUAUUUAUUAUCAUCUACAUAGAGAUCCAAGUGGACCUUAGUCCCCUCUCGAAUACCGAAUUCGACAAGUCGUCAUUACAAAAAUUGGAACUGACAACGGCGCUACAAUCUUAGCUACUCGUUAGACGAUGUAUCUAAGCAAAGCUACCACUUACCUAUCUACACUAACUACCCGCUUCACCUACUAUGACACUUUUGGAUUCCGAUAAUUUUCAGUAAAUUGCAAUCACAUGUGCUAGUUACGGUAGCAUGGCUCGGUAACAUGUCAUACACUGCUGCUUACAGUACCCUGCCUACGUGUUUCUUUAACACCAGACUCCCGUCUGUUGCCUUGAUGAGUUUGCAGAAACAACCGUGUUGGGUGCAAUAUGUAAUAGCAAAAAUGGUCGAUCGCUGAAUUGGCUGACUGCGUCACUCGGGCGAGGGGUCCCCCCUGUAAGGGUGCUGGCAAAACUGACCUGUAAGAUCCCGUAGCAGAGGUUCCAGCGUUGAACUCGCUCUGCAUUUUGCAAGGUUACAUCACAUCGAGACCGUCAGUACUUGCAGCAUUGUACGUACAUGUUUGUUAGUUAGCCAGUUAGCCAGGCGCUGUCGUAUUCUGCAGAACGAG